CCCCGAUCUUGGGCCGGCGAUACCGCAGCUACUACCCCACUGACCGGACUCGGCCUACGCUGGCAAAACCUACCACAACUUAUAAGAAUACGCACGGGAGGAACCUACGAAUUUUCUUCAUUUUUACUGCGGCUUCUCGGGACGCCAAAAAUUUCUGUCCUCGUUUCUGGAUCUCUUUCACAAGAAUACUAAGUAAUAUCGCCUCCCGUUUUCCCCAGCAAUUCUCACCCACUAAGCCUUGCCCUCCCAUUCACGGGUCUCAUAAUGCCAUUUUCUUUGACCAAGCUCAAAACAAAAGUCGGGCGCCGAUUUUCUGAUCCAGCCGAUUUUGACCGCAGCUCCUUUGUCGCUGAUCACCGCCGCAACUCCAUCGUGAUUCUUGUCACUGAGCCAGAGGCUCUGCGAGAAUCGUCCACUCUCUCCAUUCCCAGUGAAAUGGCGCCACGCUCACGUCUGCGAAGCGUUUCGAAAAAACAGGCCAAGGAACUCAUCCGCCAAGAGACAUCACAUGUGAUUCAAAAAAAGCUUUUCACACUUUUGAAAGACUUGGGACUUCAGCUACCGAUCCCUUUGAAGACUUCUGCAGGCGUGCUUAGCGCCGCGCCACUGAAACUGGUCAAAGUCUACGUUGCGAAUACCCACGACUGUGUGUACUUGGCGCCUUCGCUGGCGACUAGUUUCACGUACGAGGAUGUCGAGAAUGGUGGGAAUGAUAUCCCCGAGUCGACCUCAGCAGCAGAUAUAAAUGGUGGGCUUGAGGAAAACGUACCGUUCACAACAGAGUCCACGCCAAGGCUGAGCGUUUGCUCGAUCUCAGAUAACUCGGAAACUGGCUUACCUGACAUUUCGUCGGCGAUCAUCGAAACAAUAAGCAAGAAAAUACGGGCGCUGAAAUCGGCUAACUACUUGUGCACACAGAUCGACUCUCUGACACCGAUUCCUCAUCUUUUUGCUGUGAUCGUUGAGCUUCAGAAAGAUACUUCGAUUAAGACUAUGGAAGUAGAGUUCCUGUCCACAACAAGAACCCAGUGGCCCGUCACGGAUAGCUCCAGUCGCCAUCACUUCGAGGACAAGUUCAAGAUUGGUAAAUUGAAAUGGGAUCUCAAUUUUCAGGACGCUGACUUCUACAUCAAUGUCAACAACACCAAAGAUACGCGUCUAAGAGAUAUCGACCCACAACACUUGGCGAAAAAGACUCGGGAGUUCAGACUUGUUGACUCUCGUGAGAAAUCUAGUCACUCUUUUGAUGAGCUGUUCUCUCACAGCUCAGAGUUCUUCUCUCUGGAAGGUCUGGAACCCUCCGCCGAUAUACAAAAAGCUGGUCUUUACGUUUUCUUGCUACCGAUUUUACUUCCCCCUAAUAUUCCAGCAUCUGUUAAUACCGUCAACGGAACUCUUACACACAAACUUGCAGUGAAAUUACCAGGCCCCCAAGAAAGAUUGAGUAAAAAAACUGCUGUGAAAGCGGAUUAUAAUUUGCCUUUGGUACGAACACCUCCCUCCUCGGCAUAUUCAAUCGCUGACAAACCUAUUUAUAUAAACAGGGUCUGGAAUGACGCACUUCACUAUUCGAUCGUGUUCCCUAGGAAAUAUGUAUCCUUAGGCUCGGAACAUACCAUCAAUGUGAAACUUAUUCCCAUGGCUAAAGAUGUGAUUGUGAAGAGAAUAAAAUUCAACAUACUCGAACGAGUGACUUAUGUGUCCAAGGAUCUUUCCAAAGAAUAUGAAUAUGACGGCGACGACCCUUUCGCACGCUCUAAAAAUCCAAAAGCCAAAGAACGAAUCGUAGCUCUUUGCGAGCUUCGAACUAGAUCUAAAAAUAACUAUAAUGGGUUAGAGCCUUUCAAAGAAGAAGUAUUGAACUGUCCUGAAAAUAACUUGCUAUACUCUUGUUAUGAACAGAAAUUCUGUCGUGAAGACUCCUCAAACCCGAAAGAUAGGUCUGUUAUGGUGGCUUCCCCAUUAGAUAUCAAUAUCGCUUUGCCCUUCUUGACCUCCAGAGCUGACAAGGAACUUUUGACUUCAGGCUUUGGUGAACAUGACCGGGCAACAGAUAGCACUUUAUCAACCCCUAACUCUCGAGGUCACUCCGUUUCGAAACGGGGUCUGGUUGCGAGCCUAGAAUCUCCUUCCCUGCCAAUCAUUGGAAGUCUUGAGACUCACAUCAGUCACUCGCAUGGUGGGCAGUUUUUCUCCGACGCGGAUGAAGAUAUCCUUAAGCUUGAUUCAUCUUCAUUGCUGCCCAAGAAAUACAAUGGCAGAGAUUACGGUAUGAGUAGAGGGUACACCAUAUCUUCAAAAGCAUUGUCGCCCGACUCCAAUUUUCGCCAUAUUCAGGUUUCGCAUCGAUUGCAAGUAUCGUUCCGUAUCUCCAAGCCUGACACGGCGGAUAACAACAAGAUGCACCACUAUGAGGUCGUUGUUGAUACACCAAUUGUUCUUUUGAGUGCAAAGUGCAGUGACGAUGCUCUCCAAUUGCCAGAGUACGCUGAAACUAAGACUGCUGAAACUAAGACUGGGAAUGAUGCAACCCUACCCGAACGCCCUGGAGCGAUCAACUUCCGCACACCAUCUUACGUGGGGAAUGGCAUAAGAAUCAGGCCAUUCGACCCUGCAGUAGGUGACUUAUUGCCUUCGUUCGAGGAGGCUACUAUGCCUUCUUCCACUACUAUGAGAUCUUCUUCUGUCACAAGUUUAGACCCCAGCACACCAGCGAAUCCCCCGGCCUACGAACACAUUCCGCAUGGUGGAUUUGAUUCUUCGCAAGAGGCAACAAUUGAUGAUGUCCUAGUAGACGCUAGCCGCGCACUCAGAAGAAAGCCCUCCGCAAUUCGAGCGUCAUUGGAAAGCUCGUUCGCUCAUCCUCAUUCAUCAGCAAGCCAAGCGUCAAGCAGUAGCGAAGUAAGCCCCAUUGAGGGCUUGACACGGUCACUUAAUUCAGAUCUGAUGAGCAGCUCUACAUCUUCGGAGGACCUCUCAUCUCUGAGUCUGCAAAGUGUUUUGAGAAGCACAAGUGAACUUGAUUCCGGUUCUGCUGGGCUGGUUGAUGGAGCGAUUGGUGCCGCAAAUGCGGAUGACAGCUCCGAGAGUCUUGCUGACCCUGUUGAUCUUGAUUCAGAGAGCAUAACAACAGGGGAUAUGCAAUUUGACCAACGUCUUCCGCUUCUACGGAAUGAGAGUAUGAAUGAUGCAGAAGCUAAUGCAAAGACAAUCAUCAAAAAUAGAGGCUUAGCUACGAGUGAUUGGAGCAAAAUGCUGAUGGAGACUUUGAACGAAGAAUCGCAGCCACAAUCUUUGUUUCAUGCAUGCUAGAUUUAAAUUUUUAUUAAUUGACGUAAAGUAUUGUCAUAAUCAUUCAAGCCAAAUGAGAUGCGAGCUGUGCUCGUUAACGCACAUUGAAUAUAGC